AUGGCGGCAACGACAGAGGCGAGAAGCGUCAGAGAAGAACUAGUAUUUAACCAGGAUUUUAAGGAAAAAUUACUUUUCAAGUUACACGAACUUAGAAAAGACAACGUUCUUUGUGAUGUAACACUUCGAAUCGAAGGGCAGGACUUCGCUGCACAUCGGUGUGUUCUCUCAGCUGCAAGCCCAUACUUCCGAUCUCUCUUUACCAGUGGGUUUAGAGAAAAUCAAGACAGCGUGGUGGAGUUGCAAGAGAUAAAAACUACCACAAUGGACCAAGCUCUUCGUUUUAUUUACACUGGUGAAGCUUUGGUAAAUGCCAGUAACGCUCAAGAUCUGCUUAGGACAGCAGACUAUCUGAUCAUUCGGAGCUUGAAGGCUAAAGUGUCAGAUUACUUAAAGGAUACUAUUCAUGCCUCAAAUUGCCUAGAACUGGAAUCGCUUGCUAUUCAGUACGGUUGCAAAUCACUUAAAGAGGCUGCAGCUGCUUAUAAGCUUCAGAAUUUCGUGUCUGUCGUGGAAGCGGAUGAUUUUGAAGCUCUCAAUUUUGAACGAAUAAAGGAACUUGUGUUGCAUGACGAUAUAAUCGUUUCGAAGGAAGAAGAAGUUUACGAAGCUGUUGUCACGUGGGUGAAGCAUGAUGUUUCAUCAAGGGAGAAACUCUUUCCUGAGUUACUAAAAUGCUUGAGAUUUUUCUCGAUGUCAAAGAGUGGAAUUGCGGAAAUUGCAAAAGAAGAACUGGUCAUUAAAAGUCGGACUUGUGCAAGUAUCAUAUUUGAAGCAAUUAAUUUUUUUUUCUUUCCAGAUAGUUUCCUAAGCACGAGACUUCAACCACGAACAUGUUUAAGAAUGAAUGAAUUGGCUGUAAUUAUUACCGGGGGGCAUGAUGCUAACGUGUCCAAUAAUGCCUAUUGUUUUCUGCUGUCCAAGAAUCAAUGGGCAUCCCUACCCUCUAUGCCAUUCUCUCGUACACGUCAUGGGGCUGCAGUGUGUUGUGGUCAGUUGUAUGUAGUUGGUGGCCAGUCAUCUCACCCAAUGUGCAUCUAUAAUCCCAACCAAAACAAGUGGUUUCCAACUGAAACAACAGCACCAAUUCGUCAACAUUGUUCAGUUACCUCUCUUCAUGGAAACCUUUAUGUGAUAGGUGGUGACAGGCAUUUGAACAGAGUCUACAAAUAUGAUCCCGGACUUGAUGAAUGGAAGGAAGUUGCCUCAAUGAAAACUUCACGCGCGUCUCACUGUGCUGUUGUUGUGGAAAACCUUAUCUAUGUCCUUGGUGGUUGUGAUAACAAUGUUUGUCAUAAAAGCAUUGAAUGUUUUAAUGCAUCAACUAAUCACUGGACUGACAGACCAAGUAUGAAUGUUGCACGACAAUUUGCUGGUGCAGCUGUUUCUUGUGCAAAAAUUUUCAUUGCUGGAGGAUACAGUGACACACAAUUCAUAACUGUAGAGAGAAGCUGUGAAAUGUUUGACCCUGUACAAGACCAAUGGAGCCUGGUGUCUAGUCCAGUUGUGCCUCGAGCAGCAUGUGCUAUGGUCACUUUUGAUAAUCACCUGUAUCUGUUUGGGGGAGAAGAUCGUACUUAUUGCAAAUAUGACAUUGUUGAGUGUUACGAUGUCCAAAAUGACAAAUGGGAGCUAUGUGGUACCAUGCCUAGAAAGCUUGCCUGUGUUCAAGCGUCACUGCUGUUGUUGCCAAAAAAGUUUUUAGACACAUUUGUGAAGUGA